GACUUCUCAUUGUGUCUUUUGUUUUUGGACUCAAGAUUGAAAAGAAGAAGAAUUAACUAACUGAGAAUGAGUUCGAAUGGUGAGAAGAGAAUGAUGAAAAGGUCAGAUUUUGCACAGAAGUUGUUGGAUGAUCUUCGCGUAAGGAAAGAACAGCUUUCGAUCUCUCAAAACUGCAUAUCAACCGAUAACUAUGCAUAUUCUAACAGACGAUUGAAGGGAUCCAAAGAAACAAGAGCAAAAUAUACACAAUUUCAAGAUUUUAACUAUGGAGGAGCCAAAUCACUCACUUGCGGCAGAGAGGCUUCAAACCAGAUAAUUCCUUAUGGCAAAGGUCAGAGCAUGGAGAAAAUCGAUCUGUCCAAAGCAUUAACACUUGCACUUGAAAAUACUGGAAAGGCUACAAGAGAAGAUCCUUCAGGAAGUGCCUCAAUCAUUAGUUUCCUUCAUGAAGUAGGAAAGAGAUCUAUGGGAUACGGAACAGAAGAAAAAAGAAGCAGUCAACGACAACCUUGUUCAAGCAGUCAACAACUUCCCAUGGUUCAUGUUCAUAUUAAAGAAAUUUCAAAGGGUGCUCAAAAACUGAACCAGAUCAUUAAAGCAUGUAGCAAUGGCCUUAGUUUUCGGAAAGGAAGGUACUCGAUACAAUGCGGGGACCAACUCAUGGAAGGCGCCAUUGAAUUGGAACAGUCUCUUCGUUUGCUUGUAGACAUUCAACAAGCUUCUUCUGAGUACUUAACAAACAAACAGAGGAAAAACAGAAUCAAGCUGCUUGAAGAAAAUGAUGAUGAUGAUGAGGAGGAGGUUCCAAAUCGAGAUUACCGAAAGAUCAAAGAAGUCGCGAAGUCGGAUAUCAAGAUGAGACUAUUGGCACUUAACUAUCCAGAGGAUAAGAACAAUAAACACAGAAGGCAAGCAAUUAGUUGCGAAAAUACCCAUCAGAAAUCUCAGAAUGGAAGGAUUCCAAAUGUUGUUGCGAAGCUGAUGGGAUUAGGAGAUUUUCCAGAAGAUGAAAAAGAGACCAAGAACAAAAGUGAUGCAUCCAUAAAAUCUGCAGAGAAUCAUUCCAGGCGUAGAGUAUCAGAAGCUAGUAAAAAUCUUGCUGAAUUGAAGGCAAAAAGGAACUUAACAUCAUUAGAUUUAGUAAUCCAUAAGGAGACUCAAAACCCAGCGAAUGAAAUAAAUGACCAAGCCAAGUCUCAGCAGAAGGAUAGAGAGAAGGAUGAUUCGAAGAGUCGAAAGAGGAACAAGGCUUCACACAAGAAAGAUGGAGAACCGACGACAACAAAUGUUAUCAGAAAUCAUUCAUCUCCUUCAGAAAAUAAACACAAAGUUGUCAAAAGGAGCCAACAAAAGUCUUUUCAAAAACAUAGUUUUGAGAAGAAACUACUUUUUAGAGGGGAGGAAGAAAAGAGCAUUAAGAAAGAGAAGUUGCAGCAUGAAAAUGACGCAAUGACGAAUCAUCCGCCAAAACCUUUGAGUUCAGUAGAUAUACCAACGAAGCUACCACUCACAAGGAAAGCUAAAGCUCAGAGGAAAAGCUUUUCUCAUGUUGAAAUAGCACAAAAGGAAAUAGUUGGAGAGGUGCAUAAAGCCGAGAUUCGAGAGAAGAAAAAUCAAGACAUCUUCAAUCCAAAUGAAGGAUUUUGCAAAGUAGUGAACCAACAAGAGAAUCAGAAACUUAAUUUCAAAGAAGCAGAUGGAAAACAUGAUCAUUUACUCGGAAGUUAUAAUGAGAGUAAUAAGAUGAAAGCAGAAGAAGCAGAGACAUGCAUCAAUAGCUCUGAAGGUGUUGAGGUCCAAUCAUCAAACAGAUAUGUGUUAGAGCAAAAGAGAGAGAUCAAAGAUGACUCAAUUCUGCUUAUCACCGCAGAGAGAGUCCCAUGCCAAGCUCCACCGGAAAAUCAUCAUGAGCUUAUGUUCACAGAUGAGAUGGAUCAACAAGCUCCAUUAUCAAAGUCUGAAGGAAAUGCAGAUAGAUUAUCUAAGACAGUAUAUAAAGGAACUAAAGAGAAGGUAGAAUCUGGUGUACCCUUGUUGUCGAAGCGGCAAGAACACCGUAAACAAGAAACUACAAAAACAUUGUCUGAAACUGAAAAACACCUCAAGAAGAUAGUUGUGAAAAACCAACUAUUUGACACAGCAGAGGCAUUUUUCAAAGUCGACAUUCCUCUCAAUGUCCUUCAUGAAGCCGGUGGGGACAAUUUCUAUCAAGAAGACAAGAAUUUACUCCUUGAUUGUAGCUACGAGCUAAUUAAACGAAAAGGGAGAUUUAAAGAGUUAAGUGUCCAUCCUUUCGUGAAGGUACCCAUCAGUUCCUCUAAAGUAAACUCAUUGAACCAUCUCGUUAGACAAUUAAGCAAGGAAUUUGAGACGCUGAGAGCCUACGGUAGGGAGUGCCACACUGGAUCACUUGUUGAAGAUUACUUGCCAAAGGUGUUGGAAAGAGAUGUUCACCAUAAUGACCCACACUUGAACUCAAUGUGGGAUAUGGGUUGGAAUGAUUCGAUGUUCGCCUUCAUAGAGAAAGAUGAUGUUAUAAGGGACAUAGAAAGGGAAAUCUUCAGUGGACUAAUGGAGGAGAUAACCAGAGAUCUUAUAUGCAUAUAGCCAUGACUCUUCUAUUUUUACCAGGUCAAAAGUGAGCUCUUGAUUUAGGUGAUCAUCUUGAGCCAUUAAACUCCAUUUCAUUCAUGUUUUGUUUGAAAAUGGUUUCUUUUCUUUUUUACCUCUUGGGCAAAAUAUUGGUAUGAA